AUGCCGACGUCUAGACAUGCCCCAGUGGCUCCUAUAGAGCGCAGGCCCGCUCAAGGAAGCGGGCCGUUUUCCCGCCAGGAACUGAUCCGCGUCCUCCAGCAGUCGCUGCAGGAUCUCGGGCUAGAGGAGAGCUUUCGCACGCUGCAGCAAGAGUCGCGCGUGAACCUGGAAGCGCCCAUCGUAGCUGAGUUUCGUGCAGCAGUGCUCGAGGGGCGCUGGGAGACUGCAGAAGCAGAGCUUGCGCGCGCGGUGUCCGAUGAGUCGGUGCAGAUCUCUGCACCGCCGCCGGGCGCUUUUAGCGACGCAUACGCCGCGAGUGGGUCGAGCGCGAGUGCACAAGGCGCGGCAUACGUCCGGUUCCAGCUGUACGAGCAGCAGUACCUCGAACUGCUCGAGGCGAGGCAGGUGUCGCCCGCGCUGCGCAUCCUGCGCGAGCGCCUCGCGCCGCUUGCGCCGCAGGCGACGCGCCUGCAGAUACUCAGCGCGCUCGUGCUCUGUGAAAGCCAGGCGGAGUUGUAUGAGCGUGCGAACUGGGACGGCGCGCACGGCACAUCGCGCCGCCGCCUGAUGGACCGCAUCGAGAGCGUGGUGGACACCGAGUCGAUGCUGCCCAGCGGGCGUCUCUUGCACCUGCUCGAGCAGGCCGCCGCGUUUCAGCGCGUCCAAGAUCCCUACUAUACCGCAGAUGUGCAAGGAGAAGGGCGCCCUAGUCUGCUGACCGACUUUACCGCGAGCCCCGACACGUUUCCCCGCCAGCUCACGCAUACACUCCGAGGACACACCGACGAGGUGUGGAUUGUGCGUUUCUCGCACGCGGGCAAGCUGCUUGCGACCGCCGGCCGCGACUGCGUGGUGACACUAUGGGACAUUGACGACGGCUUUUGCAUGGUCGGCCGCUUUGGGCACCGCGACCCUGUAUCCAGCCUCGACUUUUCGCCCGACGAUACCAAGCUCCUGGUCGCAAGCGAAGAGGAGAUCACGGUGUGGGACCUCGCGACGACGCAAGGCGCGACCUACGUCGAGCACGAGCACACCGUGUCUUCAGCACGCUGGCUGCCGCCCAUCGAGACGCUGACGUGCCCCCAAGGGCAGCCGCCCGUGUUUGUGAGCGGCGCGAUGGAUCGCGCGAUUCUCUUUUGGGGCGAAGACGGAAAGGUGCUGUCGCGCUACGAUAUGGGCCCAUUCCGCGUGACGGCGCUCGACGUCUCGCCGGACGGUCGCUACAUGGUCGCGUUGGGAUGGUCCCCGCCGCCGUCCAAGUCGUCCGUGCGCCCCGAGAUGCCGCUGCGCGAAGGACGCACGCGCCAUCAAGGGCUCACGCACGACUCGUCCACCACGACGCUCCUCCCCCUGUCGCUGACAGGCGGCGCCUUUAUCCCCUAUGAUAUCCGACACUAUACAAGCGUCACGGGCCGCGGGCCGACCAACUUUGACCUCUUGUCGGUCCCCCCCUCGAUUUCUGGCGAGGAUGCGCCUCACUCCCGCCGCGCCCCCCGCCCCCCGUCCGACGAGCCGCGCGAGGCGAUCGAGGAACCGACCGAGGAAGUGCCUGCUGCCCAGAGUUCGCGCGAGCGCCGUCCUGGCGACCAUGCGCGUAUUCUGAUCUACGACCUGCACGCGCACGCGGAGAUCUGCUCGCUCUAUGUGCGCGACAUGCUCAACAGCGUCGCCAUUUCGAGUGAUUCGCGCUUUGCGCUUCUGAGUGGCAUCGCCGACGAUAUUGUGCUGCUCGAGCUCUCUACGCAGAACCUGCUGCAGCACUACCACGGCCACCGCGCGUCCGAGUUUGUGAUCCGUGCGACGUUUGGCGGCGCCGGCGAGGACCUGGCCGGUGGCAUCAGUGCGCCGUUUGUCGCGAGCGGCUCCGAGGACGCCCGGAUCUAUGUGUGGCACCGUGCCUCGGGGCGUCUGCUCGAGAACAGCUGCGCGCAUAGCCACGGCGCCGUGAACGACGUCGCGUGGCGCCCCCGCCACGCGCACAUGAUGGCCUCGGGCGGCGACGACGGUCUCGUCCGCAUCUGGCAGCCGACGCUACUGGAAAAAGAGCCGAUUCAGCGCAUGACCAAAGACGAUCCUGUACAAGCUACGAGCCGCACGGGCACUUUUGCGCACCUUGAUUGGCAGCGUCCUACUGAAACCAAAGACGAGCCAAUGGAAGAUGAAGAGGCGCCCGAAGCGAGCCCCGACGACGUGGUGCCUGACUUAGCACGUCCGGGGCACCGACGCAAUGGACGCGAAGCCACGCCGGCCGCCCCCGCUUUCUCAGGGCGUAUCCGUGCGCUAGCCACUCCGGAGCGCGCCGCGCCGCCCGCCGCUUCGCACACCAGUGCGGCUCCCUCACGGCCUCAUCUCCUGCCUUGGUAA